CAUGUCCCUCCUCAGACACCGUAGAGGUUGCAUGGUCGGCGGGUAUCAUGUUGAAGGUGACAGGCAGUGCAAUGCGGGGACCUGUGAGUUUAUUAUUCCCGACCCCCGUCUUUGCUGCCUCCUCUGACGGGGAUUCACAGCCGUCCGCCCCUUCACUCCUCCGGGACGAGCUCUCUCUGUACACCGCUCCUCCUCCGUCGCAGAAGCCCCGAAAUGUGCAGCCUGAAGCGGGUCAGCUGGAGCAGAGUGUCGCCACGCUCCGGGAGUUCACCGAGCCAUACACAGGGUGGUGCAAGGACACCUACAGCAAAGUUAAACCCAAAGUUCAAAGUGUGGUCCAGUGUUGGAGCGACUCCUAUGCCUAUUUGAAGGACCCACCGAAGGACUUCUUUCCCCGGGCAGGAGUGAUCUGCUUCACCGGUGUCCUGGGGUUGUUUCUUGCCCGGGGCUCCCGGAUUAAAAGGCUUAUGUACCCGGCGGGCCUGAUGACAGUGAGCACCUCCUUGUAUUACCCGGAGAAGGCUGCGGCCGUGGCAAAGGCCACCGGAGACUCCGUGUAUGACCGGGCGGUGCAGACCUACGCUGCCUUGGAGAAGAUGGUGAAAGCUCCAAGUAAAUCUGCAAGAGACUCAGAAACUAAACCAUGAGGAUCAAGUGUGAUUCUGCAACAACUCAGCAAUAAGAACUCACCCUGAGUUUUGAAGUGUGAUUUUGCAACAGCACAGAAAUAAGAAAUCACCCUGAGGAUUGAAGUGAUUCAGCAAUAAUAAAUCAGCCUUUUCCUGAUUUUGUAGAUUGACAUUUGCUACGUAGGCUCUAAUCUGUGUGACUUCCUCAUGCCCACUAUUUGCACUAGCGUCAAUGGUAACUCAGGCCGGGCAUGGCCUGUCACAAGGGCUUUACAACUUCAAUAAUUAACGUAUGCUUCUGAUUUGAAUGUAUAUUUAUGUAGAGGAAUAUUAAAAAUCUACUCUCUUA